AUAUAAGCGCCCAGGUCUUCGUCCUUGAUGCGCAUCUUGGCUGUGGUCUCUUCAGCACCUAUCGCUCACUCAGUCACUCGCUUCUCUCGCACAGCCAGAAACGAUGCGUUCCUCCUCCCUCGUCGCUGGCCUUGUGGCCAUGGCCAGCACGGCCAGCGCUGCCAUCCAGGGUUUCAACUAUGGUGCCUUCUUCAUGAACCAGCAGCCCAAGUCCCAGGUUGACUUUGAGUACGAGUUCAACCGCGCCAAGAACCUGCCGGGCACCAGCGGGUGGAACAGCGCUCGUCUCUACACAAUGGUGCAAUGGCACACGGCCAAUGACGUUGUGCAGGCCAUCCCCGCCGCCAUCAACACCCAGACCAAGCUCCUGCUUGGUCUCUGGGUUUCUGGCGGCGACCAGGCCAUCGAGAACGAGCUGAUCGCGCUCCGCAAGGCCAUCGACUCCUACGGCGAGUCCUUCACUCGCCUCGUGGUCGGCAUCUCGGUUGGCAGCGAGGACCUAUACCGCAGCAUCAACAAUGAGGUCGGUGUCGAUGCCGACACCCUGGUCCGCUACAUCCGCCGCACGCGGGAGUUCCUGGCAGGCACGCCCCUGGCCGGCACCCCGGUUGGCCACGUCGACACCUACAACGCCUUCCUGGACGGCCGCAACCGUAAGGUCGUGGACCAGCUCGACUGGCUCGGCUUCGACGGCUACCCGUACUGGGAGAAGGAGGCGGCCAACAGCAUAGAGAACGCCCGCGCCCGCUUCUACGACGGUCUCGACAAGACCGUCGCGCUCGCCAACGGCCGCCCCGUCUGGGUCACAGAGACCGGCUGGCCCGUGAUUGGCGACACCGUCAACCAGGCCGUCGCUAGCGCCGCCAACGCCCGCACCUACUGGCGGGAGGUUGCUUGCUCGCUCAUCUCGCGCGGCAUCAACGUGUGGUGGUACAUGCUGCAGGAGAGCCAGUGGGGUCAGGCCAAUCCCGACUUUGGGAUUUACGGCCCCGGAGAUUUGGGACAGAUGCAGCCCUACUUUGACCUGUCCUGCUAGUGUCAUUGAUCAUGACUGGUGAUGGCUUUACGGAUUGCAAGGAGAAGGCGUAUAACUAAUAUUCACGACCAUAGACACGACUUGGAUUAGAUUUAUCUUAAUAUUAAACCAAACUCCCAAGUAUGGGAUUUUCUGGUACAUACGUCUGAUUGAUCACGUGGCUUAUGCCGGGGCUGUGAAGCUUUAGGUUGUG